AUGGAGAAGUUCUUGAAAAGGAGAUCUCUGUCUUUGCUCGUUUCUGACGGUGAGUUUUCGUUUGAUGUUUGGGACAUGAGAUCGGAAAAUGGAGAAUGGACAAAGACGUACAAGGUUGACUUGGAAGAUCAAAUGGACCGCUUGCACGAUAAAAGGAUGGCCAGGAGCAACGAUAAUAGUCAUGUUCGUAAUUUCACGAGAAGUAUAAGGAAGCGCGGUUCAACAAAUAUAGAUUCUCUUCCUGACGAAUUGGUGUUCCAGAUUCUUCUAGAACUCCCGGCUGAAGAUAUUUACGAUUCUGCCACGUUUGUUUGCAAGAAGUGGUACAAAAUGAUCAAUACCGAUAACUUCAUAAACGCACACCUUCAACACUCAACUCCUGGACUUCUAAUCCAGAAUCGUACUCACAAGUACGACCGUGCCGUAUUUGCGGCAAUUCGGAAGGGGAAAAUCGAGAUAUCCAAGUUCGGUUACAAGUUCACGGAUCGAGUUUUGGCUAGUUGUAACGGUUUGGUACUAAACCACUAUUCAGAAGACAACUAUGCUCUUCAGAUUGUGAACCCGGCAACAAAGCAUCGAUUAUUCGUCACCCCUCCGUUUACUGAAAACGUAAGUCGCCACAAUUCUUUUGGUAUAGUACACGUGGCAUCUACAAUGGCGUAUAAAGUGGUCCAUACGUACUUUCAUUAUACGGAUGACUAUUUAUACACAUGGGGGUGUUCUUUGUUGACCGUGGGAGUUGACACGUAUUGGAGACGUGUUCACAUUCGACCCGUUUUUCCGGAAACGGCAAUUGUCCACACCACCCAACAAACAACCCAAGGUUUUAUGCAUUGGGUUUGGAAUAACGUUUGUGUUUUGACGUUGAAUGUAGAGACUGAAGUUAUUACAAGUACUCCUGUGCCUCGGGGAUACAAACACGUACGCAAGUGGUAUUUGUCGAAGGGAAAAUCUCUAUCUUUGCUCGUUUUGUGCGAAGAUUCUUCGUUUGACGUUUGGGAAAUGAAAUCGGAAACCGGAGAGUGGACGAAGACGUACAAGGUUGACUUUGAACCCUUGUCGAAAUAUGGCCGUCUCACGCCCGUUGCUUGGUUAAAGCAUGGAGAGGUGUUGGUCUUGUCGGGUUCAGAUUUGACGCGUGUUUGCACUACCUACAAUGUUCUUACGCGAGAAAUCGACUGUUUCGAGUUGGAUGAUUGUUGUAACGACCAUAUCUUUAAAAUCCAUACGAAUAGUCUCGUAUCAUUAGAUGGAAUCGAAGUUUGA